GAAGGAUUCUUGUAAAAUGCUGUAUGGCCAGGCCCUUUCCUGCUUUAGAAUUGUCCAUGUCCUCCUCGUGGUCCUUGGGCUCAGUUCAAGUCCCUGAGUGGCUUCACAGGGCCUCUGCACCAGGCCCCUAGUGUCUCUCUGGCCUCAGGCUCCUGCCAUCCUACCUUUCUUUGGAUCUCUUGCACAGGACUCUGGACCUUAUGCGGACUUUCUUCCGUCUGGCAUGUGCGUCCAACUCUUCUGUAAGCCUCCUGAUCCCCAUCUAGGUGUGAUUCCUCCAGGAAGGGCUCCUGCCACCCCUUCCCCCUCCUGGACUGUGGACUAGGUACCAAGCCUAAGUGCUACCUUAGUAUCUGGAUGGUGUCAUCUUUGCCUGUCUGUCCAUACAGCCACACUAAAUUCUGUAAGGACCUGGCUGGCUUCUGCCCUGUACACACGUGUGGUAGACAUCAAGUAUUUCUCGAGUAAGUGGAUGGGUCUGGGCUGCCAGUCAUUUCUGACAUCUCCCAGGUGUGGAGUUCACAGUGGAUGAGGCUGAUGAGGAGGCUGUCCGUGAGGUGACAGUGGUGGCCUUUUUUUCUCUCUUGAAGGUGAUUAGAAUGACUGGUUUCAUGAAGGGCCUCUACACAGACACCGAGAUGAAGUCUGAUAAUGUGAAGGAUAAAGAUGCAAAAAUCAGCUUCCUGCAGAAAGCCAUAGAUGUGGUUGUAAUGGUUUCAGGAGAGCCACUGUUGGCCAAACCAGCCCGAAUUGUGGCCGGCCAUGAACCUGAGAGAACAAAUGAGCUGCUCCAGAUAAUUGGAAAAUGCUGUCUCAACAAGCUCUCCAGCGAUGAUGCGGUGCGGAGGGUGUUAGCUGGAGAGAAGGGAGAAGUGAAAGGACGGGCCUCACUGGCCCCAAGAUCUCAGGAACUGGAUAAUAAGAAUGUGCAAGAAGAAGAGUCCAGACUUCACAAAGAUACGGAGGGUAGAAGAGACUCUGAAAUAAAAGAGAGAAGUACAAGCAGAGAUCGAAAACAGAAAGAAGAAUUGAAAGAAGACAGCAAGCUGAGAGAAAAGGACAAGGGCAAGGAGAAGGCCAAGGAGAAUGGUGGAGACAGACACAGAGAAGGGGAGAGAGAGAGAGCCAGAGCCCGGGCCCGGCCAGAGAGUGAGCGGCAGAAAGACAGAGGCAACCGGGAGCGGGACCGAGACCCUGAGCGCGAGAAGGAGACAGAGAGAAAGAGUGAGAAGGGAAAAGAGAAGGAGAGACUGAGAGACAGGGACCGGGAGCAUGACUGGGACAAGGGGAAGGACAGGGACAGGCGGAGAGUGAAAAAUGGGGAGCAUUCCCGGGACCCAGACAGGGAGAAGAACAGAGAGCACGACAAACCCGAGAAAAAGUCAGCAAGCUCAGGGGAGAUGUCUAAAAAGUUGUCAGAUGGAAGUUUUAAAGACUCCAAGGCUGAAACAGAGACUGAGAUUUCCACUAGAGCAUCCAAGUCAUUGACAACAAAAACAUCAAAGCGGCGAUCCAAAAAUUCAGUGGAAGGAAGAAGGGACCCUAAAGCCAGUGAAAAUAGUCUUUCCCCUGAAAAAGAACAUAACUCUUCCCACUAUAAAGCUAAGAAGGAGCAUACCCUGAAACAGCUCGGAAGGAAGGAGGAUAAUAUUUCAGCUAAAAUUUUAGACUCCAUAGUGUCUGGAAUAAAUAACGAGCCAAAUCAGGAAAUAACAACUUCAGAAAUCGGAACAAAAGAAGCUAAUAUUAACUCAACUAGUAUUUCAGAUGAUAAGUCAGCUAGUCUGUGGCGUGAGAAUAUUGAGCCCGACCCUGCAGUGAAGCAGAAAGGCGACUCCGCCAGUGAUGCAGAAGGAGACGCUGGACCUGCUGGCCAAGAUAAGACUGAGGUGUCAGAGAUUCCAGAAAUUCCUAAUGAGCUUUCAUCCAGCAUCAGAAAAAUUCCUCGGCCUGGGAGUGCAAGACCAGCACCUCCCCGGGUCAAACGGCAAGACAGCGCGGAAGUGUUACCGCUGGAGAGGUAAGGCUGGCUCAGCAGGGCAGUUCGGUUACAUAGUGUGUUCUCCCCUGGGCACAGUGCCUCCACUGAGCGAUGGGAGAGGGAGGCCACAGAUGGUGCUGGAAACUUGGUGUCGAGGAAUGAAAAGUGAGGUAGACUCUUGCCUCACACCAUAGGCCAACAGGCUUAGCAGAUGGAUGAAAGAGGAAAGCCCCUCAUGCAUGUAAAAUUAAACCUUAACAUCCAUGGGAAAGUGUUGGACUGCAUUUCUCUGAUCUCUAGGUUGAAGACUUGCUGCUUCUGUUUUUUUUUUUCCUGAGAUGGCGUUUUGCUCUG